AUGACCAGUGGACAGUCCCAGCCUUCCCAACCCCAGUCUCACUUCAUGCCAGAAGGCAUACUCGCAGACCACGACCGUCUAACUGCGUCGCAAACCCAUUCUCUCCCUAUCCACGAAUUGCACAGUCAAGGAAGGACGCAUACCUUCCUAACCGCUGCCGACGCAUUAAACCGACACAAUGUGCAAGAGAACCGCAUAGGACAGUUCUAUGACGACCUAUCCAACAAUUCGAAUAUCAUAUGCGAAGAACCUGCGAGCACGAUACUAUCCGCGCCAGUCCUCUCCCAUGAUCAGAUCCAAUUCCAGUCACAUACCAUAGCCCCCUCUCCGCCCUUGCCCCAGCACGCGCCGGGGGAGUCUGCCUUUCCUGACCUGUCGCCCUACUCGCCCUCGCCGCUAGGCAGGAGUACCGAUCCUCUGUAUAUCGCAACCGAUGUUCCACCUGCAACGCCGGCGCGAUCCGACAGCCUCAAUAGCAACCCUAACAGUUUCCCGGCCUAUCGCUCAGGUCUGGGUUUGCAGCGCAAGACUUCCUCUCCAAGCCUGAAGCCCGUCUCAAGAACCCCCAGCUUCAAACAGCAUUACUCGAGAAGCAUCGGGUCCGUAGCAAGCUCCACCUACCCAAGCCCCGUUAUCUCUGCUAUGGGCGAUGUUACGCCACUACCAUCACCAUUAUUAGGAAGUGAUUCACCCGGUCCGUGGAAACGCCUUGGUUCUCGUCGACCAUCGCAAGCGCGAGAUCUGUUACCGCCAGUCAUGCCAGACUCGGUACUCAUAACUUCUAGUGGAGAAUCCGUGGCGUCUGCGCUGGCGCACCAAUCCAAGCGAAAGGUCUUGGCUGGACUCAACGUCAGUCAUGCCGCGGAAAUCAGCAGCGGCAAAGUCGAGCAUACUCGCAAUCGAAGUAUCAGCGAAUACAUUCCGGAUCCUAAGGGGAUCCCGAAACGACUGAAUACUGUAUCUGGGAAGGUUAAAGGGACCGACGUGGACGGUACUUCUGAUCCUCACCUACGCCGAGAACCGCAUCUAUCAGAAGCGAGGGGGCUCUUACCGGUUGCCAAACCGCCGACCCCUCCUCCCAGCGAGUCGUCCCAGAGUAGCGAUGGCUCCAGCUCUAAGCGGUCUCGCCACGAAUAUUUCGAGGCUCGUGGUCGACAUGACGGAGUACUCAGGCGGUGGCGUGCUAUUAAGGAGCUGGGCCAGGGAACGUUUAGCCGGGUUAUGUUAGCGACAAGUCAGAUCGCUCCCGACGAAGACGACACCAACGAAGCAGCCCAGAACGGCGCAAACGGGCAGCUAUCACCGACCAAAAUUGCUAAACUAGAUCGUAAAACCUUGGUGGCUAUCAAGGUGUGCGAACAUGGACCUCGCGGAGGGGCCUCCGAAGAUCGUAUCGAGAUGAGUCUCAAGCGAGAGUUAGAUAUCAUGCAGUCGAUAAAUCACCCGUCUUUAGUCCAUUUGAAGGCUUUCAGCAUUGAGCCUACAAGAGCUCUAUUGGUUUUAAGCUAUUGCCCGGGUGGCGACCUCUUCGAUGUCGCGACCACCUACCGAGAUGCCUUGACCCCACUACUCCUGAGAAGGAUAUUUGCCGAGUUGGUAGGCGCAGUCAUGUAUCUUCACGAACGUCGGAUCGUUCACCGAGAUAUUAAGCUCGAGAACGUGUUGGUCAACAUUCCGCCAGCCGAACUUACGAAGCCUGACCAAGAUUGGGCUGUGUAUCCGUAUUCCGUGAUUACACUUACAGACCUGGGCUUGUCGCGACGUGUAGCCGAUGAUGAGAAAUUAGAGACUCGCUGUGGAUCCGACGAUUAUGCCGCUCCGGAAGUCAUAUUAGGACAACCGUAUGAUGGCCGCGCCAUCGACGCCUGGUCGCUUGGUGUCUUGCUCUACGCUCUCCUCGAAUCGCGACUUCCUUUCGAUCCCCCUCCUGGUGCUAGCGACGUGCAGAGGAUGCGAAGUAGGACUAGUCACAGAAUCGCACGAGUUGAAUGGAGGUGGAUCAAAUACGAAGGCGACGAUGGCGACCACGACGCGAACGAAGCGAAAUUCGAGAGUGAAGGCUUGAAGGGAGCGAUGGAGAUCACCGAGGGUCUGCUGAAGCGGGCUAGGAGUCGUUGGUCCAUGGAAAAGGUGGCGGAACAUGAAUGGGUCCGUGGCGGGAUUAAAACCGAAGGGGGUCUGAAGUUCAGAGAAGAGAAAGAAGGCGAAGAAGUCUUAUGA